AUGUCUGUCCAGGAAGUGACCCGGAGUCAGAUGCUGCCUCCAGUCCUCAAACCCGAGGCCAAGCAAAGGCCGGAGAUCCCCCCGAAACCCUCGACUCAAACCGGCUCCCCACCUCUGGGAGACAGAGGCGACGGUACGAGCAUUUCCUCCGGGAAAGUCAAAAGGAUUGUACACAAGUUCAGCAGGCAGGACUCUGAGUCCGAGGAAGCAGAGGAGCGACCCAACGGUACCUCGGAACUCACGACGAAGAAGCGGUUCAAGAGGCCGCCGACAAUAAAGCCCAAACCCGGCCGCAGCAGCCUGCAGCUCCAGAUAAAGGAAGAGCAGGCUCCUCCGCUGCCCAUGAAGAGGAGUCGCAUCCUGCAGAAACAGACGAAGAGCGUGGGAGGAGACGAGGGCGUCGGCGUGGAGGGAGGUCGAUCAGCGCCUGAUGGGAAGGAGGUGGAUCUGCAGCUGAUUGGAGGAGGUGACGCGGAGGCGGCCCACAGCCCGGACACGCCUCUCAGUCCCGGCUGUGACCCCAGCUGCGGCUGCGUGUGCCACCGCCAGCGGCCUGGCAUGAAACUCAUAUGGGUGCCGGUGGAAGUGGAUGAUGGUGAGGAAGAGGAGGAGGAGGAGGAGGAGGUAGGAGAAGAGGAGGAUGAGACUGAUGUGGAGGAGCAGACGGGGGAGGAGGGGGACGAGUAUGAGGAGAUAGAGCCGGACGGGGACGGUGAGGAAGAGGACAGGUUUUCUGAGCUCGAUGAGACCGACAUGCCAAACAGGAAAGAUAAGUCGAAGUUCAACCAGACUUUGGACGUUUUGAUCGCCGAUGGUCACAGGCGGAGGUCGGACCCCGGGCCCCACAGUGUCCUCGCCUCUAUCGCUGUCACUCGCUCUCAGUCCCCCCCUGUUCCCCCAAAAAGAACUAAGUCGCCCACAGUCCACCAAGUAUCUCUGCAAGAAGAAGAAGACAAUAUUUACGAGGCCACGCUUCCAUUUUUCAGCCUUGCUCCUAAAAAGACAACACCCGUGUGCAAGGAACUGGAUAUUCCUCUCAUAUUGGUACGCAAACCGGCGCGUCGAUCUAAACUGUCCUACAGCACCUCAGACCCGACGUCCGAGUUCCAGAUGAAGGCCGAAAACGUCCCGGGCCAGAAAGACCUGCCGCCCGCCAUCCCGCCGAGGAUGCCUGUGAUUCCAGACGGCCACUGCCUCUCGCCGAUGCACCGGGUCGGGAUUCCUCUCCCGCAGCCCACCAUGGAGGAGUGGCGGGCCCUGCGCCCUUCAUCGCCCAGCGGCCUGGGCCUCCAGCGAGCCAUCACACCCCCCCUGCAGCCUCACAGACCCCCGCCACCGCCACCCAACACGGAUGCCCGGAGGCUCAGCAGCGCCUCCAUGCAGUCCCUCACGCCGAAAAGAGAAGCAGAGGAGAAUGGAGGAAGUGAAGGAGAGAAAGACGACCUAAUGGAAGAACUGCGGGGGUCUUUGUUCAGCUGGGAGUCCCGUCUGCAGGAUGAGCCUCUUUACCAAACAUACCGCGCCAGUGUCAUCAACAAGGAGAUCCGGCGGCAGACCGUUUGCCGGAACAUCAGUAAGACCAGCGUGGACUUUGCCAUGGAUUUGACGGCCCGUCGCUCCGGGGCCGGUGCCGGACCCCCCAGGGGAAGCCCUGUGGCCCCGCCCCAUCAGAGCACUCUGUGGCAGGACCUGCCGUCUGUGAGGGACAGCGGCGUGCUGGAGCAACUCACCCCCGAGCAGUGCAAGUACCAGGAGAGCAUGUUUGAGGUCCUGACGUCGGAGGCCUCGUACCUUCGAUCCCUGCGCGUCCUGAUCGAACACUUCCUGGACAGCCGCGAGCUGGAGGUCACGAUGAUCAUCCGGGAAAAAAAGACUCUGUUCUCCAACAUCCUGAGGGUCAGAGAGGUCAGCGAGAGGUUCCUGAAAGACUUGGAGGAGCGCAUAUUCGAGGACGGGGUCUUCCCCGACAUCUGUGACAUCAUCCACUACCACGCCCAACACAAGUUCCCGGCCUACAUCGACUACGUCCGCAACCAGAUCUACCAAGACAAGACCUUCACUGCUCUCAUGAAGAACAACGUGGCGUUCGCCGGCGUCAUCACUCGUCUCCAGGAGUCACCGCAGUGCCAGCGGCUGCCCUUCAUGUCCUUUCUGCUGCUGCCCUUCCAGCGGAUAACACGAAUCAAAAUGCUCACAGAGAACAUUCUGAAGAGGACAAAGGAGGGGACGAAAGAGGAGGAGACGGCUUCGAAGGCUUUGGAUUCCAUGUCGAAGAUCAUCAACGAGUGCAACACCCAGGUGGGAAAGAUGAGACAGAUGGAGGAGCUGAUCCACGUCUCUCAGACGCUGGAGUUUGACAAGCUCAAGGCCAUCCCGAUCAUCUCUCAGAACCGGUUCCUGGAGAAGAAGGGAGAGCUGCAGGAGAUGUCCAAAGGAGGAACUCUGUUCAACAUGAGGGCCAAGUUCACGCCCGUCUACCUCUUCCUCUUCAACGACCUGCUUGUCAUUGCCGUCAAGAAGGGUGCGGAGCGUUUUGUGGUAAUGGACCACGCCCACCGCUCUCUGGUGCAGUUGCAGCCUAUGGAUGAAGGCGGCGGCAGCGGGAGCAGUGGCAGCGGCCCGUGCGACCACUGCUUCAAUCUCACGCUGCUGGAAAACCACCAGGGGCGAAUGAUGGAGCGACUCUUCAAAGCGCCCUCCCAGUCAGACAUGCACAGGUGGAUGGCGGCGUUCCCGAACCCCACCAAAGUGACCACCGAUGAAGACGAAGUGAUUUAUGAAGACUGGGACUGUCCUCAGGUGCAGUGUGUGGAGCAGUACGUCGCCCAGCAGGCGGACGAGCUCACCCUGGAGCCCACUGAGAUCGUGAACAUCAUCCGCAAAACAAACGAAGGCUUGUACGAAGGCAGCCGCCUGUCAGACGGGCAGAAGGGCUGGUUCCCUGUGGGAAACGUCAUAGAGAUCACCAACGAGCACGUACGGAGGCGAAACCUCCGAGAACGCUACAGAGUCAUUCAGGCUGCGAGCAUGGUCUCGAAGACCCGCACCCUCACUUGAAAUGGACGUUUACGCUGUACAAAGAUUAUUCAGGGGCUUUUAUUGGUUUUAAGUGUCAGUUUCU